AUGACUGCGUCUUCAGCAGAAGAUGACGCUCCCCCCGUGGGGGAGAAAUUCCGUGGUGGGCUCUUCCCUGCAGCCACGCAGGAAGACAGCUCUGGGGUAGAAAGCGAAACGCUUCAAACAUCAGAGGACAAAUGCUCUGGGCGGCAAUCUCCGAAGAAUAGUGCGCCUUCGGCUGCCUCCGAUUCUGAAUGCAACGCGAGUCGUGAGACCUCCACAGCUGACAUGCUAACAGCCAAACUGAGGAGACUAGCGCUACGCACUCGCAGCUUGGUGGGGAAUGCUCCGCUUGCAGAGGAUCUAAAGGCUCGAUGGUGCUCACCCCCUGCGUCCCCGCGAAGCCUCAGGCACGAGGGCGCAGGGGGGGCCCCCGGCCUGCAGACUCACAGGGUGCUACAACGCCUCUCGGAGUCUCUCGAUGCUAUUACAGAGACAGCCGCGCUAGCCGCCACUGAGUGCCGCAGAUGGCGAUUCACAGCCACGCGACAGAAGAAACAGCUGCAUUGCGCCUUGGAAGAAAACGACCGACUGUUGGCAGAAAGCCAAGGGUUAUCAGAGGAGCUGAAUGCCGCGAAACAGAAGUGUUUCAACAGUGAGGCACAGCUUCAGCAACUUGCAAAGUACAAGAACUAUCAGACAAAGUUUUUUGCAUGCCAGGGGCAGGUGGCUCGCCUGCAAUUCGACAUGGAUACUCUCCGUCGUGGGUUCGACUCCCUAGAGGCCCUCCAUAAGAGUCAGGAGGCGCAAUUGCAACAGAGUACAGAGACAGUCGCCGCUCUCAAGCAAAGGCUUCGUGCGACAGCAGACGAGCUUGCCCAGACGAAGAGGACCCUUGCGCUCGAGCGUGCUUCUCCCCGGGGAGUACGUCGGUGUCGUCGAUACUCAUGCGCUACCCCAGUCAGAGCGCGAGAACCUGAGGAGGCAGAAGGGCAUCCCAUCAAGUUCGCGCGCGAUAGAAAUGUGUCUCCUUGCGAGUUCUGUGCUCUGUGCGACUGCGGCUGCGCAACUGCGAACAGCGAGGCAUUGCGCGCUACUAAGGGCCCUCCUACCUCUCACCAUAGCUUCAACAGCAUGAGGCCGUCCGCUCUAAGGCAUAGCCUGAGAGCCUCGCUCUCGCAAAGGCAGCAGAGACCCCUGCCUGCCUUGCGUAGCUUCUGCUCGGGAGAGACCCCAUCGGCUGCCUCGGAGUGGCACAGCAUUCGCAUCCUUCGCUCAGCAGCCAGCAAACCGAGUGAGACUACCCUCUCCCGUACAUCUAGCCUUGUGAAUCCUGAACGUGGCGGAGACCUCCCCAGAGACGAGUGUCAGCAGAGCGCACUUUCUCUCUUCGAGGAGCUGGCGGCAACUGCGGAAGUAUCACCGCAGUCGCCGUCACCCUCCAAGCCUCCAGAUAAAGACGCGCCGUCUAAGGAGGCCCUCUCAGCAGGGGCCCUCCAGCAUGUGCUGCAGAUCGUGGCGAUGUCUCCCGUCUCGUUGGAAGAGCUCGAAGCUCACGGCGUUGGGCACGCAAGCCUCUUGCAAGUAACAAGACUGCGCAAGAACAUGGCGCUGCAAGGAGAGAAAUCCACUCCCACCAGCCCCCUCGCUGCGGCUCCUCAAUGCCACUCUCCGGCAGCCGCAACAACAGCCCGUGGACGCUGGCUACCUUCUUUCUCGAUUUCCUUUAGGGAUACCGUAGGAGCUUUGUGGCGUUUAGUGGCUCGGGGGUUGCCGCAAAGAAGCCUUACUAGCCCUCCUGAGAGUACCUCUGUCCAGUGCCCCUCUUUUUCCCCAUAUCUGCUCCUUGGAGCCUCGCUGGAAAGCACGUGCUCCCUCAUAUUCUUUGUCGCAGUAGCCACUUCAGCCCUCUGGCUGCGCCUGCCUGACUCGAGUGUAAAGGUACUGUAA